AUGAGCGCAUCUGGAAUCCCACGCCCAUCCCCUCGUGGAUUACCGGUCGUCAGAUCGUUGCUGCACCUGUCACUGAUCCCUGCUACCUCAAGUGGUCCUCAACACAACCCCUGCCUGCGCAUUGAUGCACCGAUUGGCGGAUUCAACAUCCAUUUUAUUUUAUUUGCAAUUCUGACGUCGUUCCUCACGGAAGGACGGGCACAGAUAUCGUGCUCUGCGCUGGCUGCUCCUGGAGCUCUCCAUAGUGGUGGGUAG